AUGUUCUUUUGUAUGGAUGAGGUGGACAACGCAUACGUCAGAGCACUUUUCCCCAGUUAUUUGCUGGAACAGCCUAUCGGACACCAGCUGUGGAAGAUAUACCACACGAACCGGAAGCUUUUUAGAAAACUGAAGAGUAAAGGGGAGAAUCUGCCGAAUUUAGGUGAUCCUAAACUGCGAAGAUUCACGAACGAGCUUAGCUAUGAAACACGGAAAGAAAUUUGGGAAAAAUUGAUGAGUCUAGGGGUUCUAGGAACAAUUCCAUAUGAUUCGGCCAGUGACGACUAUUUGAUUCAAGUUUACCAAUACUUUUAUCCCGAGAUUGAAGGGGACCCCCAAUUUGGUGCCAAACAUGCCGUUGGGGCCAGUGACAUGCAGGUUGAUGUGGAAGUGAACGAACUCGCAGACCCGGCAAUAGUCUCUCACCAAGAACCAAGAGUUGAUGACGGCAAUGGCGAUGAUGGUGAUGAAGAAGAAGAAGAAGAAGAAGAAGAUGGCGAUUACAACGACGGUGAUGAAGACGAUGACGACGACGAUGAUGAUUUUAAUGACGCUGACGAAGAUGUGGACGUGGACGUGGACGUGGAUAAUGAAGACGAAGAGACCGCCAACGACGACAAUAAUAGUACAGUGCGGACGACUGCGUCCCAUGAAAAUGGCCAACCCGGCGGGGAUGAUGGGAGCACAACUCACGAUAUCGAGUUUCUUCUCAACGAAGCUGACCCUGUCGCCCCUAUAAGCUCGUCAAAUCUUCCUAUAGAUCAACAGAAAUCAUCUGCAUCCCACGAUCAUCAUGAAAUUGCUGCUGCCGUUGCUCCUGGAUUGAUUCCUUUUAAAAAAAAUACCGUUUCGCAAGAAGUUUACAAGCAUUUAGGUUAUCCAUUGCCACAUGUCUGGGAAACCCCGACCAACAACAGCAUCUUGGUAUCAUCCGACGGAUGUGCUCAGCUCAAGUGUAAUCCAGAAUUCCAAGCCCUAUCUGCACAUGAUCGGAGAACAAGCUCUAUUGUAGGACCUGGUUUCUCUGAAAACUUGUCUGGCUUCAAUGCCAGACAAGAAUAUGUCAGCACCGUUGCCAACAACGUAGCCCUUUCGAAGAGCUUGGCAAUUUUUUACUUUGAAAUUAGAAUUCUGUCGACUCACCCUGCCAACUCACCUUCGACAUGCAGAAUCAAGGUAGGCUUCAAAGAUAGCUCAAAAUUACAAGCGAACUCCAAGUCUGCUUCAAGGACAGAUCUGCAACUAAGCGAUGCAAGUUCUAUCAACAGGCAAGCCGCAAGCAUAGUUCGAGCUACUUUGGACGUUAGUUCUUCAAGCAGCUCCAGUAAUCGCGGAGACGCUUCGAAUAAGGGAUGCUUUCUUUACGGCGGACAAGAUGGAAACAUCACUGACGGUUCCCUCGCAAAAUGCUAUUCAAGCGGCUUCGGUCAGUCGGAUGUGAUAGGUUGUGGAGUGAACUAUGUGGAUGGAACGAUGUUUUUCACGAAAAACGGUGUUCAGUUGGGAACAGCAUUCACCGAUAUUCACGACAUAGACAUGCUCCCAUUCAUCUCUGUGACUGCUGGAUCAGUGAUAAGGACAAACUUUGGGCUCUAUGAAGAAUUUGUCUAUGAUAUAUUAGGGUAUCAGCGCAGGAUGAAGACUAGGGCUUUCCAACACAUAUAUAAAAGCAUCGACAGAAACCAUGGACGCGAUGACUUCUCCAUUUACGACGAUGACAAAGAGCUGCCAGAUAUCGAUCUUGGUACAAGCAUUUCCACUGGAGAUAAUUCGAAGCCUAAAGAUGGGUUCUUACUGCAGAAAGACGAAAGGAUUAGUGGUGAUCAGCUUUUCCGGCCAGACGUGGAGAGUUUGAACAAUUUGAGUGUUGAUGAUGAUUCAAUUCCUUGCACCAUGAAUACCAUGAUCAAUGAUUACUUGAUACAUGAAGGGCUAAUAGACGUUGCCAAAGGCUUUUUGGUCGAUCUUAGCAAGGACUGUAUUCCCAAUAACGAAGAAGAACGCGGAAGAAUGGUCAUUAAACACAACGAAAGGCAAAUUGUCAAAGAAGAGAAUAAUUUGAGGAUACGACAAGAAAUUCGAAGGCUUAUAGGCGAGGGCAAAAUUGCCGAAUGUGUUUCUUUCAUUGAAACUCGCUAUCCAGGGCUUCUGUCUAGUAGCAUCGAUGUUCUUUUUGAGUUGAAAGUUGCAGAGUACCUGCUUGCUUUCGUAAAUUUCAAACAACAUUCGAUCAACGAGCUCCUUUCCAUGGGUCAAGAGCUCGCCGCAAAAUUCGUUUACAACCCGGAUGUACCUGCAGGGUACAAAGAAGGAUAUCAAAAUCAUUUGAAUGAUAUAUCUUCACUUCUUGCCUAUGACAAUCCUUUGGAAGAGUGCAAUGAGGAUCUUGCAGUGUUGUUGACCCCCGCAUAUCUACAAGAUCGUCUCUUCCAGCUGGUCAACUCGAGAAUUUUAGUUUUUUUGAAAAAGAAGAGUGAGAGCUCUUUAGAGAACAUGGUAAGCUACACCAGGGCAAUGGUGAAUGCACUAAUUGAGUAUGGAGAGGGAGGUUCUCUUGUUCAUAACGAUUCCGAGUUACGCGUUCACAAGUUGGUUAACAUCGACGAAGACCUGCUCAAGCUUUGA